AUGGCUGACAUAAAAGGUCAGUUAGAAAACACAAAUGUCCGGCUAGCGGCACUUGAGUAAGACUGUGAACAAUCUCCCUAACAAACUAUUAGCAAAAGGAACGAUUUCCUAGCUGAGCAACUUAUGGCUCUUCAUAGCAGUGCGCAGCAUAUACAGGCAACACUAUCAGAUGUUGUUAGUGCAUUGCAGAACGACUCCAGCGCCGGUUCUGUCACAUCCUCCUCUCUAAAUUUACCGCUGUGUACCGAGGAGGCAUAUGAAAACUUUCUUCGUUGGCUCAGCGUAGACGACGGUUUUUCAAACGAGGCGGUAUGUGCACAUCUACUUGACUGCUUUCAGAUCCGGCAACCGGCCAUGGUAGGUGGUCGAAAUGAGGCAGACUUCCUCCGAAACAUACUGACGGUUCUAUUGGGCCCGCCCUUAUGCCACAACUUCUGUUGGGCGGGCGGAUCCAAGGGGAAGAAGUCCUUCAUGGCCUGUCCACUUUUUCCUGUCCUUAAAGGUAAGUCCAAUUUUUGUUCAUUUUCACGCGCAGAUGCCAUUGCCCAACAUCCCCGUUUUGGCAACUGCACUAUAGAGAUAUUUCGACGGACAGUAAUCAGGUGGUUUCAUGAAUCACAGGAUCGGUACGGAGGAAGAUCAACACGUCGGCGGAACAUUUUUCAGGUACAAACUUUCGGGAUUUUCAUCCACAUUUAUUUAGACUACAGAAAUCACCAUACCUGCCGGCACAUGCCCACAAUUAUCCCCCGCCAAAGAACCGGUAAGCAAAUUUAUCGAAUUGCCAAUCCUACACAGCAUGCUAUUUACUUCAUGUAAUUUUUACUAUUAAAAUCGUACGUAUUGAAUACAGUGUAUUAUUACUUCCGUUGCGCCUGCAUUACGUAAGUCUUACGAAAGUUUUUUUAUGCAGGAACUACCAAUGGCCAGUGAAAGUGACUUCUCAUCCUGGAUACGAAGGUCGCUGAAACCCCAUGAUCCAAGACAGACUUUGUACAUUUACAUUUUUUGA